AUGCCAAUCUCCGUAACAUUCAGGACCCUCACUCAACAGAACUUCAUCCUGGAAUUGGACGAGGAUCAGACGGUUUGCUUUAAUUUUUGAAGCUUCGUAAUAUUUCGAAAAUUCCAGAUUGCUGAGAUUAAGACCAAGCUCGCUGAGGAACGAGGAGAAGACUAUGCCGUCGAAAAUCAAAAGCUAAUCUACAAUGGAAAGGUGAGACUUUGGUAAAAAGAAAUUUAAUGUGUCACAAGUCUUCCUUCAGGUUCUUGAUGAUGCCGCCAAAGUCGGGGACGUUGGAUUUGAAUCUUCAAAGUUUGUGGUCGUGAUGUUAACCAAAGUGAGUUUUCUUGACAAAGAAUAUCACAUGUUCAUCAAUUUUUUCUAGAAAAAAGUGGCACCCGCUGAAGCUGCUGCUCCUGCGCCGGCUCCUGCCGCAGAGCCUGCUCCUGCUGCGGCUCCUGUCGCCGCUCCUCCAGCUGCUGCCGCUCCGGCUGCUCCGGCUGUCGCUGAGGCUCUGACUGCCGAGCAAGAAGCAUCACUUGCUGCUAUCACCGGGAUGGGAUAUGACCGUGAGCAAUCGCUGGCUGCCCUUCGCGUUGCUUUCUGGAACGCCGACCGUGCUGUCGAGUUCCUUUUGAACGGAAUACCAGAUGAUUUGGUCGACCAAGAGCCGGGACUCGGACUUGAUCCCGCGAAUGCUGAGGGACUCGAUGAUGAAGCCAACGAAGAUCUUAAUAUGCUCGCCAACAUGCCACAGCUGAACGAGAUCCGCGGAAUGAUCCAGCAGAACCCUGAGAUGCUCGCUGCCGUUCUCCAGCAAUUGGCCACCGUCAAUCCGAGACUCGUGCAAACUAUCCAGAAUAACCAGCAAGCUUUCAUGGAUAUUCUCAACGGAGGUGCGAAUGCCGCUGGAGGUGGUGCUGCGGGAGCCGGAGCUGGUGCCGGAGGAGCCGGUCGAGUACCACGUCGUCACGUGAUUCAUCUCAGUCCAGAAGAAGCCGCCGCUAUCGAGAGAAUCAAAGCUAUUGUUGUCAAUGCUCCAGAAGCUAUUGUUGUGGAGGCGUAUUUCGCAUGCGAUAAGGACGAGGAAGCUGCCAUCAACUUCAUUUUCAGCUCCAUGGUAAGUAAAUUAAUCAAUUUUUAUGAUAUACCGUAACCUUAUUUUUUCAGGAUGAUCUGUAA